AUGCCCUCCCUGCCGCCAGCCCUGAAGGAGGCAUGCACCACCGCCGACAUCUCGGCGAUGCUGCACUCCAUGCACGCCGCCUCCCACCACCCUGCGCCCUGGCUCAGCCCCAGUGCCGCCUUCCUGCUGGGCGCCGUCGCUUGCCUGGCCUGCCUCCUGGCGGGCUGGGUCACGCUGCAGCGCUCCAGCAGCCUGCGCUCCAAGCUGGAGGGUCUUGCCAAGGCGGCGCGCGAGGGCCUGUCCCCCGCCACCCUGUCCUCCCUCUUCGGCGGCGACCUGCCCGCCUGGCUGGCCUACCCCGACGUGUCACGCAUGGAGUGGGCCAAUGUGGCGCUCAAGGGUCUCUGGCCCCAGAUUGACGCCGCGGCCACCAAGUGGGCGGUGCUGGACGGCAACCUGGAGCCGCUGCUGAAUGGGACCACCUUCUGGCGCCCCGCCUGGCUGGCCUCCUCGGGCAUCUCCGUCAAGGGGCUGGCGCUGGGGAAUCAGCCCCCGGUGAUCACCGGGGUCCGGGCCUAUGCGCGGGACGAGGAUACUUGCACCGACAGGGUCAUGGUGGACUUCCACUUCACCUGGUCGUCCAAGAUGGAAGGCGAGUUUAUUGCUGCAUGCGCAUGGCUGAGGAUGGACAUCCAAGUGCUGCCGGAGAAUGCCCGGCUGCCCAUCAUCGGGCAGCUGGCCGCCUUCAUCACCCGCCGCUCUAUCGUCAGGGUGUUUGUCAAGGACCUGGUGGUGUCUGGGACUCUGAGGACCCAGCUGCGCCCCCUGCUGAACGAGAUCCCGGUGGUGGGGGCGGCCAAGGUCUCCUUCCUGGGCACCCCCGUUUUCAGCUACAAGGUGUCCAGCUACGGCGUGAACCCGCUCUUCAUCCCCGGCCUGGAGCACUUCAUCAACGGCUUCGUCUCCGGCACCGUCCUGCAGCCCUUCACCUACCCCGACGGCUUCGUGGUGAAGCUGGACCCCGGCGCCGACGACAGCGUGGCGGAGCUGCCCGAGGGCCUGCUGACGGUGGUGAUCAAGGAGGCCACGGGCGUGCCGCGCAUGGACCUCAUCGGCGGCGCCGACCCCUUCGUCAAGCUGUGGGUGGCAGAGGGCACCAAGCUGAACACGAGUGUGAAGGCGCGCACGCGCCACCCGCGCUGGAACGAGACCUUCCGCAUGACGGUGCACGAUGUGGCGCACCAGUCGCUGCGCCUCAUCCUGCUGGACGCCGACGCGCUGCGCGCCGACGACGAGGUGGGCCGCGUGGAGCUGGCGCUGGCGGACCUGGACCUGUCCCAGCCCCGGGACCUGGUGGUCACCGUGCCGCGGACGGGGCGGCGUGAGCGCAAGCACCGUAGCGACCAGGUGGGGUUCACCGCCGCGCAGGCGCGCGUCGCCGCGACCCCGGGCGUGGGCGGGGAGUCGGGCAGGGGGCUGGACCUGGACGGCCAUGCCACGCGCACCGGCCCGGCGGGGCCUGCGCGCCCGGCAGAUGAAGGAAGGGGGGAGAGUGAGGGGAGUAAUGGAGACCGGGGGGAGGAGGCCCGCGAGGAAGAGGGCAAGAAGGCGGGCGUGGUGCGGCACGAUGCCGCCGCGGCCGCCGAGGGCGUGCCGCUGUGGCGAGAGGAGGAGCCGGAGACCGCGCCGGGGCAGACCAGCGCGCGGCAGCGGGUGGCAUUCACGCGCUUCGACCGCCAGGACAUCGCCCGCGCGAUGGAGGCGGCGCGAGAGGGGCGGGCCCCCUCCCGCAAUGCCGGGGGCCACCGGGAUCAGAGCGCCAACUCCCGCGCGCUGCACUCCGUCUUCUCUGGCGGCGUGCUCUACGUGCACCUGGACCAUGGCACUGACCUGGCCUCCGAGGGGCUGGAGGGCUACACCAAGAACAUGCGCUGCCGGUUGACGGUGGGUUCCCACAGCCGCGAGACGGAGUGCAGCCGGAGCAAGCUGCUCAACCGGCGCAACCCCGUGUUCGACCAGAAGCUGGAGCUGAUCCUGGACGGCGACGAGGCGGCGGAGCAGGACGCGGUGGUCCGGGUGGACCUCUAUACUGUGCACCUCAUUUUGAAGCCCACCUACAAGGGCCACGUCGCCGUGCCGCUGCAAGAGGUCGUGAGCCGCCGGCGGGUGACGGGCACGUGGCCGCUGCAGGGGGUCUCCAGCGGACAGCUGAGCAUGAACCUCACCUGGGUCAACACCCUGGAGCAGGGACCCUGA